UUCAGCAAGGAAUAGUGGGCUCUCGGAGUUCUGGCGAAGACGCCCCAUGUUCAGACGUUCACACCUCAAAAUCCUGCUUAUUGGGAAUUCAGGGGUGGGCAAAUCUGCCCUGAUGAACCAGUAUGUCAACAACCGCUUCAGUAGCCGCUUCAGAGCCACCAUUGGAGCAGACUUCCUCAGCAAAGAAGUGCACAUUGAUGGUCGCACCCUGAUAGUGCAGAUCUGGGAUACAGCUGGUACAGAGAGGUUCCAUGCUCUGGGGACGGCCCUGUAUCGGGGAUCCGACUGCUGCCUGCUCGUCUUUGAUGUCACAUCUGUCUAUACUUUUCAAGCCCUCGAGAAGUGGCACAAGCAGCUCUUGCUGCAGAUUGAGCCAGAGGAAGAACCCACUUUUCCCAUUGCCAUCAUUGGAAACAAGACUGACCUGGAGAACCGUGAGGUUUCUUCAGAGGAAGCCGAAAUGUGGAGCAGGCUUCAUGAUGCCACCUACUUUGAAGCCAGUGCCAAGACAGCUGCCAACGUGCAGGAGGUGUUCGAGUGGGCCAUACGGGCUGUACUGAAGAACCGCAGGGUACCUGAAGAGCCACAGCUCAACUCUGUUCACCUAGAGACCAGGCCGCCAGAAGGAAGCCACCGGCAAAGGUGUGGCUGCUGAUGAGCCCAAAUGCAGAUGGGAAAAGAUUUAUUUUUCACUGCAGAUCUUGGAAAUGAUGCAAAGAACAGGAAGUAUCCCAUAGUGCAGCAACAAGUCUGCCAAACCUUGCAGCCUGCCAUUUUGGUGGCUGGAUUCCAUGAUGAGAUUUGUGGCCUUCUGGAAGAGAGCGGUCUUAUAAUUGAAGGACCUAGAUUGGAGGUGGGAUGGUCUUCAUCCAAACAUAUGGGAAUAAAGCUCAACCUGAUACUUUCCGGUGACAGAAAACGGGUAUCGUCUAGUCCUUUCAUAAAGAGAAAAGGCUACAGAUAACUUGACCGCAAACACUUUGAAGGGAGAAGUGAGGGAAAGAGCUCUUUUUCCAAACAGCAAGUCUUGUUUCCAAAAAAAGUCUUUAAUUGUUCAAAAUAGCACAAAAACGACAGAUACGCAGCACUAGGGAGGGGAGGGGAGGGAAGGGAAGGUCAGGGUGGAUAGCCAGGGUAAACUCCUAUGAGGGCUGUUCCUGUCUCAGUGGAAAAUAAAUCGGGUCAAAUAUAAGAAGGACAGAAGGAAUCUUAAGGACCGAACAGGAAAAUGGGAGACAGCGAAAUAUACUAUAAUACAAAAGACCAGGGCACAGAGCAAGGGAGAGGUUUGCUCAUGGGGGCAUUUUCUGAGGGCUAGUUUGCCUACCAAUCUCAACACAGCAAACAGUGCGCGUGGGGGGAGGCAUUUCUUCUGUAUUCCAUAGAGCUCCCCCAACUCUACAGAGUAAGCCCUGUUGCUUUCCCCAUCCUCCCCUAUGUGGAAUGUCCCAAGACAACCAGUGGGGGGGAAAGAGGGGAGGUGGCAUGUAUUUCUCUAUAGAGAGAAACCUAAACUCCUACCCCGUACAGUGUUGGAGAGUUGUAUGUCAACCAUCAAGAAUAUCACCCUCCAGCCUUGCUCUGACCCAAAAGCCUCUGGUGGAUCAGCUACAUUCUCCCUCUCAAAUCAUUUUUUUUUCCUAAAAAA